CAAGCUGGAGCGCACCGAAGAAUCGAGCUCAACGCCAGGCAUUCCCUGCCGCCUGUCUCCGCGUGUGCUUCUAUAGGAAACAAAACAUGUCUUGGCUCUGUGUGGUCCACCACUGCCCCACCAAAACGGCAGCUGAAAUUGGCGAAAGAUAUUCAAAGCAUCAGGGAGUUUUAAAAGUUAGAACACCAUCUUUGGUAUGAUACGUUUGGCGUGGAGUGUAUGGCGGAUCGCGCAGGGCUUGAGAUUGGAUGCUACAAGUUUGAAAUCAAAGCGCGUUUUGGAUGAAAAUACACCUGGAAAUGGGGAAUCAGCACCAGAGGUAUCCAGAAUGGAUUUAACUACUGUCACAAUCCCGUCGUUGAACUCAUCCGCGGAUACUAAUGACACAAGCGCGCCGAGACCCCCGCCGCAUUCGCAGUACGCGGCGGUGCUCAUCGUUCUCGUGGUUACCGUGAUCAUCUUGGUGACCAUUGUGGGGAACGUAUUAGUGGUGGUGGCCGUUUUCACCAGCCGCGCGCUGCGUGCGCCACAGAAUCUCUUUCUGGUUUCUUUGGCGUCUGCUGAUAUUUUGGUGGCCACUUUGGUUAUUCCAUUCUCCCUAGCCAACGAAGUGAUGGGCUACUGGUACUUCGGAAGCACCUGGUGUGCCUUCUACCUGGCUUUGGACGUGCUCUUCUGCACGUCAUCCAUAGUGCACCUUUGCGCCAUAAGUUUGGACCGCUACUGGUCUGUCACCAAAGCGGUCAGUUACAAUCUAAAGAGAACCCCGCGGAGAAUAAAGUUCAUGAUCACGGUGGUGUGGGUCAUAUCGGCCGUGAUUUCCUUCCCACCGCUUCUCAUGACCAAACACGACGAGCUGGAGUGCUUGCUGAACAACGAGACCUGGUACAUCCUCUCCUCCUGCAUGGUGUCUUUUUUUGCGCCUGGUCUCAUCAUGAUUUUAGUGUACUGCAAGAUCUACAGGGUGGCAAAGCAGCGCGCGUCCACCGUGUUUGUGGCUAAGAACGGGAUGGAGCGACAACCUUCGCAAUCCGAGACCUGCUUCGUGCGUAAAGGCAAGUCAGAGAUGGAGAGCCCCAGCAGCCACAGCUCAGGCAGCAGAGAGCGCAAAGGCGAACUCGACGACAUAGAUCUGGAGGAGAGCAGCGUCUCCAACAGACAGAGAAACUCGCGCUUCGCCAAGAGCAGGAAGGUGGAAGGGGCACAAGCGUGCCCAAAGCAAAAUGGACGGCUGUCGUGGGCAUGCAGCCGCGCUUCGGAGCUCGAUCAGGAACCGAAGGCGCGUCAGCUGUCGUUGUCCAAGUCUAAACUGGCACAGAUGCGAGAGAAGCGCUUCACUUUUGUGCUGGCAGUGGUUAUGGGGGUGUUCGUGCUCUGCUGGUUUCCUUUUUUCUUCACGUACAGCCUUCAUGCCAUAUGCCGAGAAAGUUGCACAAUACCGGAUUCUCUAUUCAAUCUCUUUUUCUGGAUUGGUUACUGCAACAGCUCCGUGAACCCCAUCAUUUAUACCAUUUUCAAUAGAGACUUUAGAAAAGCUUUCAAGAAGAUAAUGUGCCAGCAUUCUACGCGCACGUAAAUGCACGCGCAUAUGUAUAUGGGUCAAUGACGAAUAAAGAGGGGGGAUCUGUUCAAAAGAAUACACUGUAAAAAGUGGUAACCUGCAAAUGUUACAGUUAAGUGCUAUUUCUGCCUGAUCUUACCAUUAAAUUUAGUUUUCUUGGUGUAACCUAAUGUGUGACCUUGGACCACAUAACCAGUCUUAAUUAGCAUGGGUAGCCUGUAUUUGUAACACUAGCCAAACAUACGCUGUACGUGUCAAAAUUAUUUAUUUUCUUUCAUGCCAAAAAUCAUUAGGAUAUUAGGAUCCGGUCCGAUCGAUUUUGUAUGGUUUGAUACAGGUGAUUUUCUCAAUAUUUAUUUAUUUAUUUAUUUUUUGCACCCCAGGAUUCCAGUUUUUCAAAUAGUUGUAUCUCAGCCAAAUAUUGUCCUGUGCUUACCAACCUUACAUCAAUGAAAAGCUUAUUUAUUCAGCUUUCAGAUGUUUUCGGAUUAUAUCCAGAUAAUUUCAGAUGACGUGAACUGACCCUUGUGACUGGUUUUGCGGUCCUGGAUCACUGUUUAUCAGUUUAGGUGUUACCAUGUGAAGCACAUUUUUGCCUUGUAUUUCUGUGUAUAACAUAUACACAUCUGCCUUAAAAAUGCAAAGUGCUGUAACCAUUAAAUAAAAGAUGCUAUUUUAUCUUGCAUGUUGAAUAAAUGCAGAUAAAUUAGCAAAAAAACAAAACAAAACAAAAAAACAUGAAUAUCAUGUUUUCUUAGACUGACCUCAUUUGACCCAAACAAAUCAUGCUGACACACAGUAAUAAGAGUUUUAUGGGUUUUCUGUCACAUGAAAACAAAAUGUCUUUCUUCGUGUUGGUUACACCACAAUGACUUUGAUAUGAUUUGCUUAAAAUAACCGCUUCCAUGCUUGUUUUUGUAGUGAAAGUUAUACUUAUUUAUUUAUGUUUUUUUUUUAACAAUCUCCAGCAGGUUACCCCUUUGGCAUUUUUUUUUUUGUUUCUUUGAAUUUUUCCCAGAUGAAUGUGACUUCUAAUUAAAAUAUGAACAACAUUUUAUCAUAGUACAGGUGGUGAGGUAGGAAUUGCAUUUUUGAAUAAUUUAAUGGAUCCUGACAAAAACGUCAGUAUCAUUCAAAUCACUGACCCAUAUAUAAUGUAUGCGUGUGCAUGUAAACAUCUUGUUUACCUGUGUACGAGUUUGUCUGUGUGCUCUGUAUAUAGUCUUAUGGGAUCUCUCGUGCUUGUGCACAUAGUUUGGACUGUAGUGUCGAUUUUAACUUAAAUUACAUAAUACAGUAUUUUUAUUUCCUCAGAGAAACGUGGGCAGGUUACCUGGUCGAAUGUGAAAUCUCCUUCGAAAACUACACGUGAAGCGGCAGUCUACUUUAAUUAUGCGGUAUUUAUAGGAGCACUUGCUCAAAAUACUUCAAAACUGGAUGAAAACAGCUUAGAUAUGACGGACUCUUUCAUUAAAUUGCUUCAGUGUACAAAGACAUUCUCCUGAAAAAUUUGCAUAAAGUUUUUGAUCUGACCGGUUGUGAAAUUAUGAAAUAAAGAUUUAACUGUUAGCAUCUCGGAAUAAUUCAGAAUCAGUUACCCGAAAGAAAAAUUGCAAGUGUUAGCUCAUUAGAAGCACAUGUUUUUUGGUCUUGUGACGACGCCGCAGACCUGAAUCCUUGCCGCUGUCCUCGGUGCUGAUGAGCUUCAAAGGCCUGCAAAGAAAACCUGGAGGCUUUAAGCACAUGCAAUAUUCUUUUUUUCCCUACCCCCCAAUAUAAUAAUGUUAAAUUAACUAGAUCAGUCAAAGCCUGCAUAAGACGGCACGAAUAACUAGGUUUAAAUUCUAAAUUUGAUUACACUCAUUUAAAUGUCAUUUAUAUGUUAAUGCCACUGUAAUUAUAUAAUAAAAUGUCCAUAGCAUCUCAGCUGAACUGAAAGGUUCUACAGAGUAACUUAUUCGUGUUAUCUUUUAAAAUCAUAGGUGAUAUGAUAGAUCACAUUCUGUCGGCUGGUAAGUCUUAGCCAAAUAAGAAUGAUUCAUGUAUUAUUUUCGCUUGCUUGUUCUUUUUUGGCGAUCAAUCAAAUCUUUGCUGUGCCAGAUUUCGACAGUGUUGUGAUGUUACUCACUAUAACUCCCCAUGAUGCUAAUAAAACAAAUACAGUAUUCUGUUUAUCACGCACUCAUCGACAUCUCAACGUCUCAUCCCUGUUACACAAACGUCAGGGAUUAAACUAAAAGUGAAAACUUUCAGAAAAACAGUUUAACAAUAAAUAAUCAAUUUAUUAGUCAUCUCA